UCCAACAGAUAAUCAAACAGUUGACCAUACAUUAAUGUUGUCAAUAAUACAACAUAUUAUUGACUAUGUCCUGCUGUGUAUAUAUAAUAAAAACUAACCAUUCAUCUUCAAACGUCUAAUCUUUUCCCAUUCUUUGGACCAAAUUCUAAGACAUGGCUAGCUAUGUCUGGUGGCGGUUGAUGGUGGUGAUUAUCGGCUGUAUAUCGAUACAGAAACCGGUUUUUUCCCAGCCACAAACCAACCUGUUAGGCAAAGGCUGUAGUCAAUACAAUGCAACAAACUUACCUGAUUUCUUCAGAAGGCUUAAUGCUAGUUUUGAUGAUUUAAGGAACCAGUUGUCGAAUCAAGAUAAGCGAUUCGCCACCACGAAACAGGCUGUUUAUGCUAUGGUUGAAUGCAGAAAGUAUAUGUCAAGAGCUGAUUGUGUCUCCUGUUAUGAUGCUGCUGUUUCUCUCAUCAGAACUUGCUUUGGUGCAAACGGGGCUCGGGUCACCUAUGAUGGUUGCUUCCUCAGGUAUGAGAGCAACAGCUUCUACCAAGACACUACACUACCAGGAAAUGCACCAAUUUGUGGGAAUCGAACAACUUCUCGGCCAAAUGCUUUGAACCCUGUAGCACAACAGCUCUUGAAGGAUCUUAGCAUCGCAACUCCAAGAAUUAGUGACUUCUUUGCAGCCACGAAGAGCGAAUCAUCCGGUGUUACUGUCUAUGGAGUUGCUCAAUGUGCCGAAACCAUAACGGAAAGUGGCUGCCAAGAUUGCUUGACAGUUGCUUACAAGAAUAUAGAAGGCUGUUUGCCUAAAAAUGCAGAAGGAAGAGCUGUUGAUGCAGGGUGUUUUAUGAGGUACUCGGAUAAAGCCUUUUUUGCUGAUAACCAGACAACUGAUAUCACACCAUUUCUUGGUGGAGGAGGAAGUUCGAACAAGAAGAAAGCCGCCAUUAUUGGGGGUGUAGUUGGAGGUGUAGGACUUCUUUUGAUUAUAUUGGCUGUGUUCCUAUGGUAUCGACUAUCAAGAAAACCAAAGGCAGCCGAAAGAGGUAAUAUACUGGGAGCAACUGAGCUGAGAGGCCCAGUGAGCUACAGAUUCAAGGACCUAAAAAUUGCUACCAAAGAUUUCAGUGAAAGUAAUAAACUUGGUGAAGGUGGUUUUGGUGAUGUAUACAAGGGCACUUUGAAAAAUGGAAAUGUAGUUGCUGUUAAAAAACUAGCAAUGUUUUCGUGCAGAGCAAAGGCAGAUUUUGAGACUGAAGUUCGCCUUAUCAGUAAUGUCCAUCAUCGUAAUCUCAUCCGUCUCUUGGGAUGUUCUAUAAAAGGAGCAGAGCUACUACUUGUUUAUGAAUACAUGGCAAAUGGCAGCCUUGAAAGAUACUUAUAUGGCGAUAAACGCGGGAUGCUCAACUGGAAGCAACGAUUCAAUAUAAUCUGUGGCACAGCUCGUGGCCUUGCCUACCUGCACGAGCAAUUCCAUGUCUGCAUCAUCCAUAGAGAUAUAAAAUCCAGCAACAUUCUACUAGACGAUGAAUUCCAGACAAAAAUUGCUGACUUUGGGCUUGUUAGACUUUUACCUGAGGAUCAGAGUCAUGUUAGCACUAAGUUUGCUGGUACCUUGGGAUAUACCGCACCAGAAUAUGCAAUUCAUGGACAUCUAACAGAGAAGGUUGACGUCUAUAGCUUUGGCAUCGUUGUUCUUGAAAUAAUCAGUGGCCGGAGGAGCAACGAUAUGCAAACUGAACCUGUCACUGAAUAUCUCCUUGAACAGGCGUGGAAACUUCACGAAACUGGCAUGACUGAAAAACUGGUGGAUGAGACAUUAGACCCCAAUGAAUACAACGAACAAGAAGUGAAGAAAAUCAUAGAGAUCGCGUUAAUGUGUACGCAAUCACCAGCUAAUCUUAGGCCAAGCAUGUCGGAAGUUGUUGUCAUGCUAUUAAGUGAUCGUAGCACAAGCACGAGAACUCCUAGCAGGCCUACUAUCAUUACCAUGGAUAAGAGUACAGCAGCGGACUCAUCGAUUACUACUGGAUCAUCAGCUUCUAAUGCAACCAACACUUUUAGUGAUUUCACUGGCCGCUAGCUACAUAAGAGUAUAUUGUAACAAACAACAACUGCGCCUUAGUCCCAAAUUAAUUGGGGUCUAAAAAUUAUAUUGGCACCAUAGCAUCUAACAAGCCACUCUCUUCCUUUUUCUCUCUCUCUCUUUUUUUUU